GCAUUAAGGAAGUUAUUUUCCGUGCAAAAUUUGUUCUUUAAACAUUCGGUGACGAAUUGUUUUUACUUUGAAAAAUUUUGAUUUUGCAUUUUGGUAUUUUGUUAAAAUGACUGAUAAGGAUGAGUACCUCUACUUAGCUCGUUUGGCUGAACAAGCAGAACGAUACGAAGAAAUGGUUCAAAAUAUGAAAAGCAUUGUUGUAAUGGGAAAUGGACUUUCACAAGAAGAGCGCAAUUUACUUUCAGUUGCCUAUAAAAAUGUUAUUGGCAUGCGAAGAGUAUCCUGGCGUGUUAUAUCCAAUAUUCAGAGUAAAGGAAAUGAUUUUUCUCCAAAGGUUGUUGCAAGUUAUCAGGCAGAAAUAGAAAAAGAACUAAAAGAUAUAUGUAAUGACAUUCUUGAUCUUCUAGAUACCUAUCUUAUUAAUCAUUCAAAAUCUAAUGAAAAUGAAAAUUCAGAUGCUUUGGUUUUCUACUAUAAAAUGAAAGGUGAUUAUUUGAGAUAUUUAGCAGAGUUUUCCACAGGAAUUGAUCGUAAAGAUUAUGCUCAAAGUUCUUUGGUUGCCUAUAAACUUGCCUCAGAUACUGCUGUUGAGCAGUUAGAAGCUACACAUCCAAUUCGUUUAGGCUUGGCCCUUAAUUUUUCAGUAUUCUAUUUUGAAAUUUUGGAUUUGCCUGAGCGAGCUUGUAACAUUGCAAAAAAAGCUUUUGAAGAUGCUGUAGAAAAUUUAGAUAAAUUAAGUGGUGAUAAUUAUAAAGACAGCACUCUAAUUAUGCAGUUGCUUAGAGAUAAUUUGACAUUAUGGACAGCAGAACCAACAGAGCAGCUUCCAGCAGAGAAAGAUGGUUGUAAUGAGUUACAAGAUGUUGAAGACCUGGACUCUUAAUGUUGGGCUUGCUCAUGUGUGUGUGUUUAUAUAUAUAUAUAUAUAUAUAUAUAUAUAUAUAUAUAUAUAUAUAUAUAUAUAUAUAUAUAUAUAU